UCGUGCACGCGGUCGUGCACCUCCUGCGGUUUGCCAUCAAUUGCUAUCGGUCUCACAAGUGGGUCCCCUUGUCAUCCACACAACCGCGCCACCACAUGUACCACAUUUUUCUUUCUCCCCGUCCCGGCCACUCCACAUCUUUCUUUCUCCCCUUCUCGACCAGCGCCGCCGCCGCCGCCAUCUCCCGACGACCCCUCUCUUCGCUGCCGGUGCGCGGCCGCCGCCAACUCCGGCAAAAUGGAGGAAGCACCAUGUGGACGCUGCAACUCACGGUGCCGGACCAGCCUUUCUACUGCCACGCUGUUCGGCAUCUACUUCCAGCCUUCUUUUGUUGUUGCAGCGAUCGUACCAUGCAAUGUGAGAUUGGCAUUCAAUGAGCUCAUCGGAGACACCGUGACCUUCGACGCUCUUGGGGGCCCAUACACUAUGCAGGUCGAGAAGGGGCGAAAGAUAACCCAGAUAGGAGGAGAUGAUUGGGAUCGUUUCAUCGCCCGCAUGCGUCUUAGUGGGGGUGAAUUGAUCAGCUUCUCCUUCAGAAGAGAUAGGCCCAGGAUUUCUGUUAUCUAUCUAAAUUUGAUUCCGGAUAGUGAGGAUGAAGUUCAUGAGGAGGAAGAUGGUGCUGAUUCAGAUGAUGACGAUUCAGAUGAUGAUGAGAACCCACUUGUUGAAUACCUGUAUGCCCAAGGACUCAGACUGGGCGACGAGGAAAUCGGCAACCUCUGGGACAUGCUUCCGCUACGUGAAGACUACCUAGGGAAGCCAUUCGUGACCCGCCUCACAUGGACGAAUGUUAAACGACAUAUCAUGGUAUGUUACUUAGUGUGGUAAUUACAUGAUAUGCAUGCUUAGUUAGUGUAGUAGUUCAUAUGAUAUGCAUGUUGUAGUACUGUGAUGAGAGGCCUAGUUUAGAAUUCAUUUAGUGAAGAAUUUUAUGACAUGCAUGUAGUGUAGUAAUAUGCGAUGAUAUGCUUAGUGUACGCAGUAAUCUAAUGAUAUGCCUAAUUACUGUAGUAAUUUGAUGCUUGGCGUAUAGUGUAGUGAUGUGAUGAUAUAUAUGCUCAGUGUUGAAUCCAAUGAUAUAUGUGUCUUGAAGUGUAUGCUUUGUUGAUAAUUGCACGUGACAUGAUCAUAUAUCAUGUCAACUGUUUUCAGAAAUUACCUAAGAGGUUACUUGAUAGCUGUGGCAUCGACCCGGACGAAGAAGGCAUGGCUGCUGGACUACGCCUUACCAGAACGGGCUCCAUCACCAGCUGUGCCUAUGCAGUGGACACGGACGGUCGCACUGUCUUGAGAAGGGCAGGGUGGAAGAAGUUCCUUCGUGGCAAGAAUCUUCGGGUAGGACAGGCCAUCCUACUCACUGUUACGAACACCAGUCGCCAUGACUUGAGGAUGAUGAUGACCAUCCACCUCAUUUAGAACUGGGCUGGGCCAUGUAUCGAUGUGCAAUGAACUUGUUAUGUUAGCUCUUGUUUGCGAGUACUUGUCGUGUAUUACCGUACCUAUAUCUACUCAUAUCUAGGUACUAUUGCUUGUGAUGGAUUGCAACUAUUAUUAACUGAUAACUAAUGCUCUACUAGCUAUGAUUAUU